CCCGUCAACGCUGUUUCGCUUGUGGCAGCGUGUCCCAGCUGAUCCUAGCAAGAAAACGCGAUUAUGUUAUGGACAAUUUCUUACUUAAUCGCGAAGACUGCGUUAUAGCAGCAACAUUUUUCGCCAUUCCUGAACGAGUUCGAGGUCAGCGGACAGCGCCUCGAGUUUGGACGCGAGUCUGGCACUCGGGGGAGGUGUGUCGCCUCACCUCACCGUCCACUGUGCGAUCUGACGCCUGCGGCAGUAUUUUCCGUGGCAAGUGCUAUGCGUUAGCCAGCACAAGUUCAUAAGAUGGUUCGUCAACGAGACAGAAUGUACUCCGAGUGGCUCGUGCUGCCCGUCACGGAAGAUGCGAAGGAGCGCAGCACCAGUGUGCUCCAGAAGUUCCCGUGUGCGGCUGGCCGCAAUGUGGUCGCCGCCGUUCUUCACUCACUGGCGAGCAACCUGGGGAUCAACAUUGCCAAGUGUGAACCAAGCACUCUGGUGUCUGACAUCGAGGUCAACUGGUGCAUGGAGGUCAUUUGCUUUGGGCUACGGCUACCACUCACAGAGCACGAGGCCAUCCGGGACUGCGUCCACGUCUACUGCGAGUGGAUGCAGGCCCUGACGCAGCCGAAGCCGUGCGUCCCCAAGCCAGUCCAAGACGAUGCCAACCAGUACUUCAGGAGGAUGCUGCGCCACCUGUACAACCUUUUCGAGCCUCGCGAGGACAGCCAGACCGACAUGAUCAGUCGCCAGGCAGUGCUCUGCCACCAAGUGCUGAGAAGGCUUCAGACAGUCGCCCAGGAGUCGACAAAGAUUGAGAAGGAGACGUGGGAUGAGAUCCUUCGCUUCCUACUGGCUGUCAACGACGUGUUAUUGGCACCACCGUCCAGAAAAGACGACAUGGGCAGCCACAUGUGUGAGCGCAUCUUGACGGCUCUGUUCGAGGUGUGGCUGCUGGCAUGCAGCCGCUGCUUCCCAUCACCAAACCUGUGGAAGACGUUCCGUGAGCUGUGCUGCACUUGGAGGCACCGCGGGGCGCUCGUUGAGCAGUGGAACCGCAUCAACCUUGUUCUAACGGCCGCUGUGUUGCGCCUCAUGUAUGGUCACCACUACCCGGAACUCAAGCUGGAGGACGAGGCGGUUAGUCUCGCCGCAGAACUGAGCGGCGAGCAGCUGGCACAGGCGUGGUACCGCUUCCUGCACGUGCUUGGCAACCCCGUGGACCUGUGCCGUCCCGAGAUCGUCAGCCAGACGCCGGGGUUCUACAGCCUCCUGGAGGCCAGCGACUCCAUCGUCGACCCAUUCCAGAACCCGUGCCUGGCCGCACUGCCCCACAUCUUCCACAGAGCCAUGAUGGGCAUUGCCACCCUCGUCGAUGCCACUCUGGGCAUAAGCCCUGUUGCGGCAGACGAAGACCACCAGAAGUUAACAUCGCACAGUAGUUCCUCUUCUACGGGCAGUGGAUCAGCAAGUACAAACACUGGGUCCGGAACAACCACGACUCCCCCGCACCAGAGGAGGGGGGCCACACGCAUCACUGCCAUCUCAAACUUGAAAGGCAUGUCGAAGCCAGGGGUGUUCUCCAACAUCCGCUCGAGUACGGCAUCGGCUUUGGCACCCGCAGCGGUGACGGGAGCGUCGUUAGCCACGGCUCCUCUGGUUCCGCCUCCGACACCACCAGCCUCCACCGCGUCUCAGCAGCUGAGGCCGACGCCUGCACCGAUGCGUCCGCGGUGCAACUCGGUGCUGCACCUGUACGGUGCGUGGCUGUUCGAGGCUGCACUGGUGGGUUCUGAACUGGACGCGCAGGGCAGUUCUGGCCUCCUUCAGGCUGAAGGCACGGAAAGCAGCAUGCACUCGCGCUCGGGCUCGCUUCUCGAGUCUGCCGGUAGCGGAAGCAGUAGCACUCGCAGCGCGGUCUCGGCCUCGGGAGGUGGCUCGACGUCCUUGCCGGGCAUGCCCGAGGCCAUCGAGUUCCCACCCUGCCUGAGUGUCGAGAGCUUCGAGGCCGGCCAGGCCGAAGCCGUGGGCACGCUCUGCCGUCUCUUCUGCUCCAAGCGUACAGGCGAGGAGAUCCUGCCCGUCUACUUCUCCCGGUUCUACCUCGCCCUGCAGCACUGCCUCGGCAGCAUCGAGCUGCGGAGUCAGGUGGUGGCCAGCAUCCUGCUCAACUCAUGCAACCUCUUCCGCCAAGAUCUGGAGGGAGUCAACGUACUGCUGCCACUUUUCCUACAAGCUCUCGAGUCCGUCUUCUGCGCCGAUAAGGAUUCCAAGAUUAGGUCUCUCUCCAAUGUGCCCCAGGUUGAACUGCGUUGGGCUUCAACGCACCUGUUGCUGUCGAUGUUGCCUUUGCCGUUGCACUAUGGGAACCUUACUUUGAAAGAUUUCGGCACAAACCAGUCCAUCACAUUUCAGUCACUGCGAGCACGGCUUAUGAACCUGCUGAUUGGAGCGUUGCAGAUUGAAACGGAUUCGACCAACACCCAGAUGUUGCUUGGUGGCCUGCUGUUCUGCGUCCAAGAUGCAACGGCUUAUGAGGAGGCCAACCAGGUCACGCAACCGGGACCCUCCGGAGGCCAGGACAAUGCCAGCAUGACUUACUCUAACCUUCUGUGCUCAGAUGACGAGGUGUCAGCACGAGAAAAGUCGUGUAGUGCGUCAUCUGACUCGGAUGCUGAAUCCUGGUCAAGCUCAGAAGACUGUGGUAAAUUCACUUGGGCCAGAUGUGUACCGUUUGUCUAUUCAGCCAAUGCUUUAUUUGUGCGUUCCAUCUACCUCGUCUGCCACCGGCUGAUUUCCUCUUGGAAGACUGACGUCCACGUUUCACUGGCCGCGCUCGAGGUGUUGUCGGGACUUGCGAGAAUCCGCCAGCCCCAGCAAGACUCUCUCGAGUGUCCGCGCGCCGUGAAGUGGAUCUGCGACUUCAUCGUGUACCAGUGUCAGCGACCGCCGCCGUUCCACUCGCGCGACCUCCACUCGACCAUCGUGGCAGCGUUCCAGUGCUUGACGGCGUGGCUCAUGGCGCACCCACUCCUCAUGCAGGACAAGGAGACUGUGCACCAUGUGCUCGAGGUCGUCGAACUCGGUAUAUCGGGAUCCAAGUCGCAGCCGAAGGUGUCUGAUGUACCCCAGCUGAAAGCCGAAAAGGAACUCAAACCUUCCUCCCUUCGGGUUCGAGAUGCUGCCGAAGCUCUCUUGUCAUGCAUGAUGGAUCAUGUGGGCUACUUCCCCAAGAUGGCCGGUCCGGAGACAUUGUCUUCCCUGCUUGACGAAGAGGCACUGCUAAAAUUUGGCAACGCUGACGCCACAUCAUCGCUGCCGGAAGCCGUUGGCAAGCACUUUCGCUACUUCGUCUCGCAAAACUCCGCCGUCAUCGCCGUGCUGGAACAAAACCUCGGCAACGACCAGGGUGCACUUCCAACCGUGACAAUUUUGGUCAGGGUCCCAUUCGGGAGGCAUGCGUGGACAAUGCAGCUACGUCAACUUCCACGCCACAAGUCUAAUGCUCGAAGUGCUGCUGCGAACCCGGGCAGGCCGAUGCCCUGUUACGAACCGGCGGAUCGAACCAACCCGCCUCCGUCGCUGUUUCCCGAAAGCAUCGCCGAAAUUCCGACCUGCGAAAUCGACAAGAGUAUACCGGACCCGACGUCGCAAACGCUGACGCGCGAUGAGGCCCAAAUGUUGGGCUUCCUCGACCAGCAGGCCAAGGUUGAGAAAAGCAUCUGCCGGCGAUGGGAAGAGGCCAUGCUAGAGCAGGACUUCCCAGAUCCGGCCACGGACUGCCACGCCCCGAGCGUCUGUCAAGAUUUCCAGACUGCCCGCCUGUUCCUGUCUCACCUGGGAUUCCUCUGGGAUGACAUCACAAAGGUGGUGGGUACGGGAAAUGGUCAGCCCCUGAUGGCCCUGAACCAGAACCAGGCAGGUUUCUACAGCGCGCUCGACAGCCUUGACCGCAUCCCAUCGCGCACCAAUGACACCGUGUUCGUCUUCUAUGUCAAGGAGGGUCAGGUGACCCCGCUUGAGAUCCUCGGCAACGUGACGAGCAGCCGAAACGUGCACCCCCAGUUCCUCGAGUUCCUGCGGUCCUUGGGCUGGCCGGUAGAUGUGGGAAUGCACACCGGCUGGACUGGCAACGUAGCCACGUCGUGGCGAGUCACCAGUGGGGAUUUCAACAUUGCUGACUUGCCAGCAGACCACGGUGGGAGCCUAUACAGCGGCCACCACCAGGUCCUGUACUGGUCGGACGUGCUCUCCGAGCUAGUCUUCGUGGUCCCUUCGCCCAAGAACCUCCCCAGAGACGUCGCAUCUGGUGAAGUCACCCUGAGGCCCAAAGCUGACAGCUUCCCCGAGCGGUCGACGACAACUAUGAUGGGAUCGCCAGUGUACGACGGCAUGACGGCAGGUGCCGAGGGGCCGCCGGAGAAGGUUCAACGUGCCAUGUCUCUCAACAUUGACACCCCGGAAACAGUGACGCGUCCUGCCCGCUCACGACCGGCACGCAUGCCGAAUGUGGCACUGGCCGAACUCAAGGUGCUGGUUGUGUGGCUUGAGAGUUUCGAGGACUACGUCUGCUUUCCCCUGAGCGAAUUGCUACCAGCCACAAAUACCGGCCAGGAAACCCCGUCUGGACGCGGAGACGUGUUUGUGAUAUUCGUCCAUGCUUUGCAGAGUGGCUUGUUUCGCAUAAAAGUACAAAGCCGAGGAACCAAAACCAUGCAGGCGUUGCCACUGGUGGACGGAAUGGUCGUCAGUCGCCGUGUCCUGGGUGUCCUUAUCCGCCAGACUGCUGUCAACAUAUGCCGGAGACGGCGGCUAGAAGCCGAGAUGUGUCCACCACCACAUGUGAGGCGCCGAAUGAAGAUUCAAGAGAUAGCAACCAAGUUCCAACAGCCACAAGGGCAGCCAGAACUUUACGAGCAGCUAUUCAGGAGUACCCACUGAGCCAGCUUCAGGCAGCAAAAAACUUCAGAACAGGAGCAGCAUGGCUUUCCAACGUUGUGUGUUUGUGCCUGACAUCACUGCUGCUGUGAGCUUCAGUAUUCAGAAGAGGUCUGCCACGUGGCAGUGGCUCGCAGUGCCAUGCGGCUCUGCCGUGAACGGCGAAAAAUGACAAUCAGUGGUCACACCCCUGUUUCAAAGACGGUGGGGGCAUGAUUGUGAUAUGAAGACAUGCUCCUACAUGGCUCUGCGAGGUGGAAGUUACGUCUUGAUCACUUUCUGUGGAAAGACAGCUGUCCUGUCACAGGGCAUUCCUUAGUGUGUGUACGCAGCAACCUUGUCUUCAUAGCAGUGCACGAUUGCCGUCAUGUUGAUCAGCACAAUUUGAAGUAACGACAUGUUGCUAAGUGGCUGCCACUGUGGGUGUCCGAUGUGCAAUUACGCUGCGUGUAUCAUGGUGUCAUGGACACAUGUGCGUCCUUUAAUGUGUCACUGUAAAAGUGUUAGGUGACGGUUCUUGUAUGAUAAUAAGCUGCAUUCCUGCUGACCGUGUAACAUUAUGCAUGAAUGAGAUUCAAAUGAGCCAAUUUACAUAUGAGCACAGGAUGCAAAAAUUUUGUGAAUGGAUUUUUCACAAGGGUUCAGUUCCAUUUUCCCUUGCAAAGAAUGGUGAAUCGAACAUCACAGUUCUAAUUAUACAUGCUACGUUUCUACCACCUUCAAACGCAAUCUUCAGAUUUUUAUUUUCUCAUUCGAAUCUUUGUUUUGUUUCACUUGUCCACGAUAGUGAUUUUGACCUGAUACAAAAAUGUUGGUUAUGUGUCAGUUAUGUGCUUCGUACUUAACAAUUUGUACUGACAUACAGAAAGUGGCAGUGUAUAUUAUUGCUUUAUGUGAAAAUGCUGCAUCAUUUGUCAAACACUAGAAAAACAUUGCACUUCCUUCAAGGAAUCAGCCUUAGUGAGCAUUGCUGAACGCUCCCCUGAUAAGGCGUAUAGUCCAUUUAAGCAUACAUCUUGUAGAAUGUUUAAUGGCGGUUUGUUGUACGAGUAGUGGUACCACUGAACGUCACUCUAAUUCUAAUUGCAGAUAAAGAAUUUUAUUUACUUGAAACGUGGUGUGAAACCAUGGUGCAUUUUAAUGAUGUAAUAUACAGUGACAUCUAUCGGUCAGACGUUCAUGCCUUGAUCAUUACAAGCUUAUAAAUCUAUGAGACAAAGAAUAAAAAAAAAAAAGGACACAGCACAAAGCUGCUUAAGAAAUUAGAUAAGCAUGUUGAAGAAACAUGAACAAAUCAUGCAUAUUGCUGAUUUCUAUAAAUGGUGAUACGCAAGGUCAUUAGUAAGCUGCUCUGUAGGAUCAGUAUGUCAUGUUUGUGAAGUUGAAACAAUCCAGAGUUCCAGGAUGCUCAAUACAAGAAAGACAAUGAAUAAGUUAUUCAUGCAGCCUCACACAGUGGGCAUGCAUUGCACGUGUUGAUUUGUUUCUCAGCGCUUGCAUGUGUAAUGCCUUGCUUAUAAUGAAUUGUUUAAUUACAGGAAAAUUUGUGUACACCAUCGUGGAACUAAAAAUUCUGCUCGAACAGAACCCGUGUCUCCAUUAGAGUAAAUAUAUGUGUGCAAAUUUGCAUGUCACUGUACAGCUGCCCAAUUUUUAAAUAAUAUCAUACGAGCAUCAACCAAAAAGUGCAUCAUCACUGUGUGGCAGGGCAGACGUGUUGCAGUGCAUUAAACAGCCUAGCAGCCUAGCCUAGCCUAGCAGUCGUGUCCUUGUGGCAGGGCAGAUGUGUUGCCAUGAAUGAAACAGCCUAAAAGACGACACUGCGACUUGUGUGUGCUUUAAGUGCAUGCACUUAACCACACACAUUUCUCCAUGUUCCUCUCAAUGCAAGGCAUUGAUGUACUUUUUUGUCGGCACUUACACGAUACUGUUAAAUAAUUGGACAGUAAGCACUUCCUCCAUGAUGUUGCGAUAUCAAAGAAGCCAAGUGGUACAAGAGUGCAUGAAUCCCUUGAGUGAAAACUUCUGUGGCAGUUGUUAUUACAAGAGAGCUGCGGAGGCUUAUUUUAAGACAACCCUAAAGAUCUUUUUGUGAGGGUAUUAUUAUACAUAUUAUAUUAUAUUAUACAGGGACAAGGGGAUAGUAAAAUCAACUUAUAGGUGCGAAUAAUCAAAUCAACACAGGGAAUGCAUGGGCAUAUAUAAUUCAGGAUCAGUGGAUGCAGCAUACCCCAAAGUGCAUUUUAAGAUACCACAUCCAUUAUAGUAUCUCCGCGUCAAGACGAUAAGGCUGUUUUUUAAUUACAGUAUUUCCGUCUUCACACUAGGUAAAAGUGGUUUCAUUCAAGUGGCCUGCACGUCUCCGGCAGUUAUUGAGAGCUGAAGUACCGACAAUGGUCACGGCUGUAAAAAUUGUGCCAAGAAGUCUCGAGCACUAGCGAAGACGCAGACUUUAAGGAAUGAAUUCCAAGACAUGACAAGGUUCUUUAUUUGGUUUCAGCAAUGACAAGCAUCAAAUAUCACAAACACUCUGCAAGUCCACGUGACUAAAUGCAGGACUACAAUAUGACUGUACUUUUGGACCUCAUUAUAACAACUAAUAUCAGAA